AUGCUGGGUCUCAAAGGGUACAUUUUUGAGGCACCCCGCGUAGAUUCCAUAAAGAAUCUGCAUAUUCAGAACUUCCGGUUACUCUGGAAUCAGCUGACUGGCAUCCUAACUAUAUUUUCGUUCCUUCCUAGUACUGCGGAAGACCACGCUUUAAUUAUCAACUAUCCGCUUUUGGCAGGAUUUCAAGAAUGCACAGUACCUGUUUUUUGCAAGUAUGAUGAGAUCAAAUUCGACGACAAUUUGAGUACUUUGUUGGGGGAUGUACCAGGGACAACUCCAAAAAUAAGCAAGCGGCUGCGGCCGAAUGCAAGGAAGUCAUGUAAUCCUGGAAUACGAGCAACACGAACAACGCCCAAACUUUUCGUACUGUUCUUCAUCCCUACUACUUUGGUGCAUUCUGCCCAUCUUCAGGUUUCCGCCGCUCCGAAUAAGACAUGGACAAUAGCGACCGUUUCAGCAACUAAUCCCGUGCCGGCUGAAAGGACUAGGGACUGUGUGUGCGAAAUUAACUGCAACGAUUGCGCUAAGGUUUAUAUAGGACAAACUGCCAGGGAAUUGCACACCAGAAUUGGUGAGCAUAAAAGAAGGAGUAACAAACCACCAAGGAUUGCAGAAGAAUACCAAACGCUGGUCAAAGACUCAGCGAUGGUUGUACAUGCCUUAGACACGGAACACAGAAUAGAUCUGGAGAAUGUGGAAGUUUUAAGACGGGGACUGCGAUUCACACCACAACGGCUGAUAGCCGAGGCGGUGGAAAUCACUAAGCAUCACAGUGUGAAUAGAAUCGAGGAUGUGGAGCUAGCGAGCGAAUGGAAAGCGGUCUUAGACUACGUGUUACCACCCUUACUCAGUCAUCCGAUAAGGAAUUCGCUGGAUUUCUGUCUACCCAAUAUUCUAACUUGGCGUCAUAAAUAG